AAAGCCAAACAUUUUCCAAUUUCAAUUUGAAUCUAGCAAAAGGAUUUUCUUCUUCCCUUUACUCCGUCCGCCUCCGCCAGUAAAAAUGGCAUCCGUCUCCUACCUCCAGCGCCAGCGCCAGGACGCCGACGAAGACGCCGUUCACCACCGCUCCCACCCUAUUCAAUCCCUCACCCUGGAUUCCCUUCCCUACUGGUCCCAAGAAUUCCACUUCUUUUCCUCCGAUCCCGAUUUCGCUUCCCAUGAUGAAUUCUCCUUCCCGGAUGCGCUCAUCGCCGAAGGCCCGGAUCCAUUUGAUGACCGGGAGAACCAGGUCAACUUCGUCAUCGAUCUCUUCCAUCAACGUGUGGAGCAAUCCCAGGUAAUGUCUAAUAGUACCAAUGCCAAUCAUGACAACAAUGACGAUGGCGAUGUUAAUGAUAACAGUAACAAUGAUAGCGAUAGUAAUGCUGUUGAUUUGGUUUCCGAUGCGUUAACUGAGUUGGGUUUUGGUGUUAUUGACGGAACCCUUGAAUUGGAUAUGGAUGAUUUGGAGUUAGAUUUAGGGUUAGGGUUUAGUUCUGUAGAGAUACAGGAGGAUGGCAAUUCUGGCUUUGUUUUUGAUACUAUUGGUGGCAGUGUCGUUGAAAUAGAUGUUGGUGGUGAUGAUGAUGAUUUCUUUGAGGAGAGGAGGGUUUCAGCUUUGGAGACCAGUGGGGCUGCCUCCACGGUCAGUGUGGUUGAACCCUACAGGGAAAGUGUUCAUCUUGUUGGUUUUGAGUUCGAUUCAGAGGAUGAUGACAAUGAGAAUGACAAUGGGGCUUUGGCUAUAGAUUUGAAUUCAGGUGAUGAAUAUGGUCUGGAUCGUGUGGAUGAUUAUGAUGAGGAUGAGGAUGAUGUUAGUGUUACUAUUCCUCUCUGUUUGGAUUCAAUGCAAUUGGAGGAUCGUGGAGAGACAAAUGAGGAUGAGUGGGAGGAAGUGGAUGCUGAUGAGAGGGAAGUUUUUAGCGUGCAUUAUGAUGAUGAGAAUUCUGUUUCUCUUUCAUUUUCACCUGUCAUGGCACAGGAGGAUGCAGUUGAGAGGGCAUCAGGCAUAGGGAAUUUUGGGUGGCAGGUUUUGUUGCAUAACUUGCAUUCAAAUAAUUUGGAGACAAACCCAGAAAUGGAUGAUAAUGCUGAUCCAUAUUUUGGGGAUCAAGAUGAUUAUAUCCAUACGUCAGAAUAUGAAAUGUUGUUUGGACAAUUUGUGGAGAAUGAAAAUGCAUUCUUGGGAAGGCCUCCAGCGUCAAAAUCUGUGGUUGAGAAUCUUCCGUCAGUGGUUGUGACCAAAGAGGAUGUAGAGUGUAACAAUGCACUCUGUGCAGUAUGUAAGGAUGACAUUAAUAUUGGGGAAAUGGUGAAGCAGCUGCCUUGUGCCCACCGCUACCAUGGGGAUUGUAUUGUCCCCUGGCUGGGAAUAAGGAAUACCUGCCCUGUUUGUCGUCAUGAGUUGCCUACAGACGAUUCCGAAUAUGAAAGGAGGAGGUCCCAGAGGGCUGGUCGUGCCCUGUAAUGGUAAUUUUGGUUACAUGUCAUUUUAAAGGUUUUCAUUGAUCAUUAGGAGCAGGUUAAGGAUGUAGAUAUUGUUAUUGAGAGAGUCAACAUGUAUAAGGUUUAUGAGAUUGCUUAUGUUCAUAUCAUAUGUAUAUUUUUUUUCCUUUUUGUGAGAGUGAAAGAAUGUUGGAAGAAUGUUGCACCCUUGGGGGUUCCCCCUUUUUUUUUUUUUGGGUUAAUUGUCACUAAUUCAUGCAAGCUUAUAAUUGCUUGGCUGACUGCUGAUUUGCGCAGACACUUGUUUAUCUAAGGCCAAAAUGCAUGAUUUUGGAGAUGUAAUACUGUAUUUGAGUAUAAUUUAUAUGGAUUCUUCUAGUAUUGUUCUGUAUGUAUACAAAUUUAUACCUUAGAUCUGGAUUCUUA